GUCUUUUCACCAUAGACUCGACGAGGUAGAAGAACCUUCGUAUUCAGACAUACACCUGCUGUUGAACAAGUCCCUCUCUGAACUACUCCUAAAACAGAGAUCACAUACAAUGCCGUUUUCUGCUGGGUUUGGUGCUCCUGCCGCCGCCGCCGCUGCCGUCAAGGAUUAUACUUGUAUCGGUCGCCGAAAUCCAGAGAAGAGCUGGUUCCCACCACCACCCACACAUCAACACCACCGUCUGCUCCGCCCUUUGCGGGUUUUUCCUUCUCACAAAUUAACACCAACUGCAACAACAGAACCAAAAAAAACAACGCUCAUUUCCUUCCCUUCUUCCCCCUCAUCCAUCCCAGGGUUUUGGUCUAAGAGGGAAGAAGAUGAUGCUUCUCGUAGUCGAUCCUCGUCAUUCCCACGCACAACAGCUGUUCGACAUUUGACGGGAUCUCUUACUGCAACUGAGGGACUUCGAUUUGCUAUUGUUGUGGCCCGGUUUAAUGAGAUAGUGACUAGGCCGCUGUUGGAGGGAGCUUUGGACACUUUCAAGAAAUAUUCAGUUAAAGAGGAAGACAUCGAGGUAGUGUGGGUUCCUGGUAGUUUUGAAAUUUCCCUGGUUGCAGAAAGGCUUGGGAAGUCACGCAAGUAUCAAGCAAUUUUGUGCAUUGGAGCUGUGAUAAGAGGGGAUACUACCCACUAUGACGCUGUGGCUAAUUCAGCAGCAUCUGGAGUACUUUCAGCUGGUCUGAACUCAGGAGUUCCUUGCAUAUUUGGUGUUCUGACCUGUGAUAACAUGGACCAGGCAUUAAAUCGAGCUGGUGGAAAAUCUGGGAAUAAAGGCUCCGAAGCUGCACUGACAGCUAUCGAGAUGGCAUCGCUUUUUGAGCACUAUCUGAAGUAGAAUAAUCCGGCCGGCACCAUCUUGUAUUGGAAGUGAUCUGAUAAUCCUGAAAAUUUUCUUUUCUAACCGAAACAUCUUCCUCAGUUGGAAGUAUGAGAGAAUGGAAAGAAUGCGACAAAGCAACGUUUUGCAGGAUGUCUUUAGUUUCUUUCUCAACACUUCUACAGUACUUUCAAGAUAAGGUGUUACGUCGAAUAUGCUUUUAUAUCUGCCGCAUGGUUAUUUGGAGGUAGUGUUAGUGACGGCGACACGAUAUUUAAUGUGAUUGAAAUGUUCCUAUAAGCUGUGAUAGGCAGCAACAAUGGUGAUGAAAAUUGUAUUGUCAUAAAUUUGCUUGUGAAAAUCUCAAUGUAGUGCUUGUGCGCGAGCAGUGUUUCUCUGCAAA